AUGUUGGCCAUAUCUGAUAAGAUCAAACAAUUGAUUGAACUGGCGGCGGAUGCCAAGAACAAUCUAAUCAUUUCCAACCCAUCCAAGAUUGCAGAGAAGCUAGCACAGCUUGACGCAGAUGGUGUAUCGGCAUUACAUGUGAUUACAGACUUUGAUAUGACCCUUACUAGAUAUUGGACGAAUGGUGUUCGAAGCAGGAGUAGCCACGGUGUACUAGAGCAUGCUUCCAAUGUGGAUGACAAGUGCAAGACCGCACUGACAGAUCUCUACAAGAAAUACUAUCCGAUCGAGAUAUCUCAUACGAUCCCAUUCGAAGAAAAGGUUGAAGCCAUGAAGACCUGGUGGACGACUGCUCACAGCAUUAUUGUGGGAAUGGGUCUUACACGGCAGGAUAUCAAGGAUAUGGUACAGUCUUCUCCCGUGGCUUUCCGGCCCAAGCUAAAGGAGUUUGUUGAUUUAUGUCACGCUCGAAAUAUUCCAGUCCUGAUAUUUUCUGCUGGACUAGCAGAUGUGCUACAAGAGAUUAUGAAUUCUGCUCAACUGAUGCGAGACAAUAUGGAUAUUGUAUCAAACAAAAUGCGGUUUAAGGAUGAUGUUGCAAUCGCUUUUGAAGAUCCAUUAAUCCACACUUUCAACAAAAACGAAGCGACAGUCAGCGGAACUGAUCACCAUACAAAGAUUGGCGACCGUCAUAAUGUAAUUCUGAUGGGAGAUUCACUUGGAGAUCUGCGCAUGGCCGACAAAGUCCAUACGCAUGUCAAACUUACAAUUGGGUUUCUGAAUCACGAUCAAGAUCUUUUUCUUGACCAAUAUGCAAAAGCCUUUGAUAUUGUUGUGCUGAACGAUUCUUCUCUUGAAUAUGUUAUACAGCUGAUUACGAAUUUAUCGUGA